UGAUAGAUAUUUUGAUGGAAAUAGAAUAGUCUUUUACGUUUAAAUUUAGAAUUUUAGUGUACAUAAAAUAAAAUAUAAAUUGGUGUAUAAAUUUUCGAGCUCUGUGUGAUUUACAAUAAAAUAAAAUGUUUAUAGUAUCUCUGGAUGAAUCUAGAGCUCUAAUAUUGUAAUUACAUGAUAUAAAAUAUCUUAAAAUAAGAAAUUGGAUCUAAUCAGACAUGAUUUAAAUAUUGAAAAUAACAUCACGAUGAAGCUUGUGUAUCAAAAACUAUCAGAAUUUUCAAAGAUAUUGAUUGAUAAUGCACAGUACUGUCAGGCACAACACAAAUAAUCACAUUGCAAACGGAAGUAUCUGUUAGAGAUUCACUUUUACUUUUGAGAAAAUGAAUAAUUCAAGAGCAAAGGAUAUAAGACCAGCGCCAGCUGAAAUUGAAUUCAAAAACAUGAAAUUUCUCAUCACUGAUCGUCCCAAUGAUCAAACGAUCCAUUCGUUUAUUCAAGAGUUGAAAAAUCAUAAGGUCAAGGAGGUCGUUCGAGUUUGUGAACCAACUUAUGAAACUGGGGAACUCAAAUCAGAAGGUAUAAAUGUGAUUGAUUUAUUAUUCGAAGAUGGGACGUACCCUCCAAACGAGGUGAUUGAUGACUGGUUUGAACUUAUAAAAACACGUUUUCAAAAGUCUCUUGAUGGAUGCAUUGCUGUACACUGUGUUGCUGGUCUUGGUAGAGCACCUGUCUUAGUCGCUUUAGCAUUAAUCGAACUUGGACUAAAAUAUGAAGACGCUGUUGCCUUAAUAAGAGAGAAAAGGCGAGGAGCAAUUAAUGCAAAACAACUGGCUUAUUUAGAAAAAUAUCGCCCAAAAUCACGUCUCAAAUUCAAAAAUGGACAAAAAAAUUCUUGUAAUUUACAAUAAACAAUCUGAAUGUUUUUUGACGUUCAAUAGUUUCAUUUUAAUGUUUUUAUUCAUACUAAUGAAUAUUGAUAUAAGAUGUUUAAUUAAACGCAUAUUUACAUGAUUCUUGUUGUCUAUAGAUACCUGGUUAAUUCUCUUACUAUUAAUGUGUUUGUUUUCAUUUACACCUUUACAUUAUUGGGUGUUUUUGUAAUAAAAUAUCCUAAAAAAUAACAUAUAUUCAAAAGUACUUCAAGUCUACAAAAGACAA